AUGUUCAGCGGUUUCCCAACAAUAACCUUAGCCCCGCCGGCCCCCGCGAUCAAUGAGGCCUAUGAGAUGAAGGACCCGAAUGGGUGCGUUAACACGGUGAGUUUUGCGCCCGUGGAGACGAUUCGGCUGACGUACCCCGCGCUUUGCCACCUUUUACAUCUUUCGAAGGCAGCGUCGAAGAAUCGCGCCGUUUUCGGCAGGCUCUGCGGCCUCCAACUUGGCACCGACGUUACGAUCACGGACGCUCGCGUGAACCCGACGAAAAAAAUCACCCCGCAAGACUACGAAACCCCCGAGGAGCGCAGGCAGCGGCAGGAGCAGGAGCGCAAAGAAUCCGAUGAGGUCUUCAACGCGUUAAAUAAGAUGUUCGAGGAGGAAAUGCUCGAUUCCUACCAGGUCGGCUGCUUCGUGGUCAGCAACUCCACCUACAACCCAUACUCCCCUGUGCUGCUCACCCAGCUUGUGCAGCUCCACAAGUCCGGCCAGCCCUGCGUGAUGCUCAGCUACGAUCCGUUUCGCACGGCGCUUUUCGGGAAGCCCUACCUCCGCGGCUUCACCUUAACGGAAGCCUACCUGCAGUACGAGCAGAUUAUGGCGGUGAAAGGGGUCCUCAAGGCGCGCGCGGUGCGAGAGAGUAAACUGACAUCGAACGGCGUGGUGCGGGAGAUCCCGGUGCAGAUCGAGGUGGAUCCUUUUCACAUGCUCGGCCUUGAGCAUCUCAUCCUGCCGCCUGUGCAGGAUUCCUUCUUGGCGAUUCAGAGCCCUGUCGUAGGGGACUACGUGGAGGCGCUGGUGGACUCGAUGAGCACGAACGCGAGCGCGCUGGCGACGGGGCUCGAUCGGGAGCAGCGGCUGCAAGGGAAGGAGCAGGGCGGCGCCAGCCACGGCUCGUUAGCGCAGAGCCCGGAGACGCUCCUCGCGCUGCAGCACCUCCGCGAGCAAGCGGAGCACGUGGAGGCGAUUUGUAAUAGCAUCUUGAUGAACGCGUCGCUGCUGCGCGAUUUGUAA